AGGUAGACGCGACUGGUGACAGGCUGUUGCACUUGGAGGUUUGGAGGUAGUAUUACUGUAGUAUCGGUAGUAUCGUUGCCGUACCGGUGCGGCAAACGUUCACCGGCUGUUUGUAUGCCGCUCGAACACGCAUAGCGUUCAUAGUCAUUCCGCACCUACACAGCUACACCGCAUUAACGAGUCAUUUGACUGACGCCGAGUGCCGACAUUUUGUUUACCAUUUCAUUCCUUGACACCGUGCUUUCACGUUGUCGAUACGCCAUUCUUUCGAGGCCUUCCGCCGCUACGUUUAUUUAUUGUUUUUUCUAUACAACAUUCUUACGUGAGUUAUCAUCGUGUGUGUACACUAUUCCUUGUUAGUAAUAACACUAUUAACCAUUGUCCAUCGCAAAGAACCUCGUGUUCGAGUAACUACACUCGAAAAUUUUGUCUACUAAUCCAGGAUUCAUUUAAAUUAAUAAUAUGACGGGAAAAAUGGAACAAGAAAAUAUUGAAAACACCUCUCCGUCUGUAGAAGAAUCGAAGGUUAUUCAUGAAACCUCCCUGCCUGUAGGAGAAAAGGAGAUUUUAAAAGAAACCCUCCCAUCAGGUGGAACACAUGCAAUUUCAGAUAAAAUCUUACCUUCUGUUGAAGAACAGGAGGUACCAAAAGAAACCUCCCCGUCUGUUGAUGAACAAGUGGUUACAAAAGAAAAUCCCCGUUCAAAUGAAGAACAAAAGGUUCCAAAAGAAACCUCUUCUUCAGAUGAAGAACAAGAGAUUCUAAAAGAAACCAUUUCUGUUGAAGAACAGGAGGUUCCAAAAGAAACCUCCCCGUCUGUUGAUGAACAAGUGGUUACAAAAGAAAUCCCCACUUCUGAAGAACAACGAGUUUCAAAAGAACUAGUCCCUUCUGAUGUUGAACAGGAAGUUCUUUUAAACGAAUCAGAAAUUAAACAAGAACUAGAUGAUACUCAAGAAUCUAAAGUUAAAGAUUUGGAUGACAACUUUUCUAUAGUUUUAAUAAGCGAUGAUGAUGAAGAAUUGGACACAACACCGGUACCUUCAUCUGUACCUAUAAUAUUAUCUACAUAUGGGCCCUUCGAAAGUUAUGCAAUAUCACAUUUGUGUGCCCCACGACACCCUGAUAGUGGAAAUGAAGUAUACAACUGUCCACCAGAGCAUUAUUUGGUUAAAAAACCAAAACUUAGAUCUUUAUCUGUUCCAAGGUAUGUGAAGUUCUGUAAUAAUCGUGGAAAACCCGAUAAUGCUAUUACUAAUAGUAAGGGUGAUAAUAAUGAUUUUCCAUUUGAAGUUGAAUUAAAACCUAGCCUCAAACGCAAAAGAAGUCCGAUCAUACCAGACAACUUGGAGUUUGAAAAUACCAGAAAAACGAUGAAACCUGGGCCAAAGUCUAAAACUAGAAAUAUUGCCACUAUCCAUGAAAUGAUUAUUGCAGCAAAACGGUUAGGGUACACCACAUCAAUGGAGCGUGAUUCUGAAGAAAUGUUAGUGGAUUUAGAUGAUUUCAGUGAUGAAGAUGAAGGAGUAGUUAUACCCCCCCGUCUUGUUGAUGUUAUAAAUCUUACUAGUGAUGAUGAGGAACUUGGCACUGCAGAACAUGUAAUUGAUAAUAAUGAGACUUCUGAAAAAGAUGCAGAAAAAGUCGCUUCAAGUGAUGAUGAGGCUGAUGAUAUAAAACCUGGCACUGUAGAAUGUGUGAUUGAUAAUAAUGAGACUUCUGAAAAAAAGAAGAAGUCAGAAGAAAAUUCUAUCAAUGAUGAAAAUAAAAUUAUAGAUAACACAGUAAGUGAAACAUUAAAUGAUAAGACCAAUGAAACUGAAAAUUUAACUGAAGUAUUAAAAAAUGCAAUUGAUUCAAACAAAAUAAAAGAAGAUGAAAAUACAAAAGACAAAAAUGACAACGAUGAAGUAGAAGAAAAGAUAAGUUUAAAUGAUACAAAUGAACCAAUUGGAGUUGGAGAAAAACAAUAAUUUUUAGCAUUUUCCGAAUCUUAAGUUAUAAAGAUAAGAAUGAAGUUGUUUAAGGGUAAUUGUGUUUGUAGGAAUACCUCUAAUCAUUCCAAAGUAAGAAUUAAACAAAUUAAAUGAUUUCCAUUUUUUUAAUAUAAAUAAGUUUAAAGUAUAAAGUUAUUCAAUGAUCAUCACAACUGAAUUUGUAAAUAUUUAUUUUAUAAUUUUGUACAUAUACCUUAAAUUAAAUGUAAAAGGAAUGAAAAUAUGUAUAGUUAUACAUAACCAUUGUAUGUUUUAAUUACUUUACUUUAUAACUUAACAAAUGUAAUUUAUUUGAUACUAUUAGUUAUAAGUAUUUAUUACUGUUUAACCAAUAUCAUUUUUAAUUAAUUUGUGAACAGAAGAAAAAAAUAUUUAACAAGUAUUAUCAAAUUUUGGAAUAAUAAAAGUUAACAAUUCAA